AUGGCAACUCUUCCGAAGCGUGUCCUGAUCGCUGUAACUUCAGCUCACGCCCCGUUGUACGAAGGGGGCAAGGAGACUGGGCUCUUCAUCACGGAGGCCCUGCACCCCUUCAACGUCUUCCGCGCCGCCGGCUUCCAAGUCGACCUAGCGAGCGAGACCGGCAAGUGGUCCCCCGACUGGCUCUCCACCACACCCGAAUACCUCUCUCCCGACGAGAAAAAGGAGUACGAGGGCCCGUCCGAGUUCCACCGCGCGCUGAAGGAGAUCAAGAAAGCGUCCGACUGCCGCCCGCAAGACUAUGGCAUCUUCUUCGCAUCUGCGGGCCACGCCUCGCUCAUCGACUACCCCGACGCUACGGAUCUGCAGCACCUCGCCUCGUCAAUCUACGCCGACGGCGGCAUUGUCGCCGCCGUCUGCCAUGGCGGAGCCAUCUUCGUCGGCGUCGUGAACCAGCCGGACCUUACGGGCGGGGACGCAAUGGGGUCAGGCGGGCAGGGCCAGCCCAUCAUCGCGGGCAAGAAUGUGACGGGCUUCACGACCAAGGGCGAGGAGGAGGAGGGUGUGCUGGGCACGAUUCAGAGCUGGAACAGGCCCACGAUCGAGAAGAUGGCCGCAGACCUCGGCGCAACGUACGUCUCUCCGCCUGGGCCGUGGGACAGCUUCACGGUCACAGACGGACGGAUCGUGACGGGCGCCAACCCCGCGAGUGCGACAAAGACGGCAGAGGAUGCUGUCAAAGCGUUCGACAAACUCAAGGCCAAGAAGGACUAG